AUGGACCAGGAAGCAGAAGUGAUAGAGAACCCAGAUAACUUGGAGGUAGUAGCCCCAGAAGACGCUCACGUCAUCGAGCCUCUCAUUUUCAAAGACAGGGAGGUGGGAAAUUCGAGUUUGAUAGUUCUCAACCAGGAGAUACAUCUGAUUGACCUUGAGGGGCUUUGGCGCAAUACAAAAUUACACAUAUGUGCUGACGGAGGUGCCAACAGGCUCUUUGAGUACUGGAAAAAGCACCAGCGCACAGAGGAGUUUGUACCCGACUUCAUCGUUGGUGACUUGGACUCGUUGAAGGCGGAUGUUCAGCAGUUUUAUGAACAACAUGGUUGUAUUGUGAUUCCGCAAUACACCCAGUACGCCAGUGAUUUCAUGAAAUCCAUGAGGUUGCUGAUGAUAUAUUUCCAGUCAGAAACAACUAGAGGGCUACUCUACGAACCAAUUGAGUCGAACAAGGGCUUGGAGUUCAUCCAAUUGGAGCCGGCACAGGUGUCGGUAGAUAUGUACAUUUUAAACGGGUUGGGGGGACGGUUUGAUCAGACAGUUCACUCAAUAAACCAGGUGAUCCAGCUCGCCCAGCAGUUUGUGCAAAACAGUUUCCGCUUUAUCACCCCCGACGAUAUUGUGUUUCUUCUUCGCAAGGGAGUCAACUACAUCAAAUAUCCGUCUAAACAGAGUUUUGGGUGUCAAGGGAACCCAGUGUGUGGGAUGCUUCCUUUGAACACAGAAGUGGUGUUGAACACCCGGGGGUUGAAGUGGGACGUCCUACACUGGCCCAGCAGCAUGGGAGGUCACGUGAGCUCCAGCAACGCCUUGGUGGGGAUUCUGGGAGCCGUCAUUGAGUGUUCUAACGACAUGAUCAUCAACAUCGAGCAUCUGUUUAACUAG